AUGGCCUCAACCCCUGAUAUUAGUAAAAUUACGCGGAUAGGCAUCGUCGGGGCCGGUAAUAUGGGUACAAUGAUGUCUUUCGGCUUUUCCGAGCACGGCCUCGACGUUUCCGUAUGGGACGUCUCAGAAAAGAAUGUUGAUCAAGCUCGUGAGAUGGCAGGACAGACGAAGACACUGAAGGGCAAGAUCGAUCAUUUCAAAGAUAUCCACGAAUUCACCAAGAGCUUAGAUUCACAACCGCGGAAGAUCUUCAUCUUCUCUAUUACGCAUGGCUGGCCCGCUGAUUCAGUCUUGGACAAGAUCAGAGAUGAUCUAAAAGCUGGCGAUAUUAUACUCGACGGCGGUAAUGAGAACUAUCGUAAUACUGAACGACGUCAGAAGGAAUUGGAGUCAAAUGGAGUCAAAUGGAUUGGUAUGGGGGUUAGCGGCGGUUACCAGUCCGCCAGGCGCGGACCAAGUAUGUCGCCAGGAGGUGACCGCGAAGCCAUCGAGUUCGUCCUUCCACUCUUAGAGAAGUUCUCCGCCAAGUCUCCGGUUGAUGGCAAGCCGUGCGUUCAAUAUAUGGGUCCUCGUGGAGCCGGUCACUAUGUGAAAAUGGUUCAUAAUGGCAUCGAGAAUGGCAUGCUUUCUACAGUCUGCGAAGCGUGGAAUAUUCUCCACAAGUCCCUCGGACUCCCGUAUGAUGAGAUAGGAAAGAUUUUCGAAAAGUGGAAUUCCAAAGGCGAGCUAAGGAACACCUACUUGAUUCAGAUCGGAUCGGAGAUCUGUCAGAAGAAAAAGACUCCUAGUGGUGACCAGAAAGGGGAAGGAAAAGGAGAGAGCGGAUAUGUCUUGGAUGAUGUUCUUGAUAAAGUCGUGCAGGAUGACGAUAGCUCGGAGGGUACCUUGUUCUGGACAGUCAUGGAUGCAGCUAGUCGACACGUCGCCGCACCUACGAUUGCAACUGGCCAUUUCUUCCGCGUAGCCAGUGGAAACCGGGCGCAGAGGUUGAAAGCUGUUGAAAACUUAGAUAUCCCGAAACCGCAGCGUGUGGACAUAAAAGACAAGGACGAAAUCGUCGAGAAUUUGCGUAGAUCAGUCUAUGCGUCCUUUCUCUGCUCGUUCUGUCAGGGUCUCGAGCUUAUUGCACGGGCGUCCAAGGACGAAGGUUGGGAUGUCAACUUAGGCAAGUGCAUACAGAUCUGGAGAGCUGGUUGUAUCAUUCAAGAAGACUAUAUUGCCGAUAUGCUCGAACCGAUCCUACUUAACGCAAAACAGCCCAUCAUGAACAUGAAGCUCAUCGAUGAGGUGGCUACCGACUUACGAAAGAACUUCGACGCGCUAAAGCAAACUACGUUAAAGGCUAUCGAAUGGGACAACUACGUCCCUGCUAUCAGUGCUAGUCUGGAGUACGUAAAGUAUGUGGGCGGAGGGAUGCUGGCAACCCAGUUCAUGGAGGCGGAGAUGGAUUUCUUUGGUGCACAUGCUUAUGACAGGCCGAACGUGAGAGGAGAGGACCCUGGAAAGCCUUCAAAAGGGGCUCACCACUACGAAUGGCGUCCUGCUUGA